AUGCUGGCCCGGAUAUUUUCGAUUCAUCGGAUCGGAAUCUCGUUGCUGGUGAUUACAUCGACGAUCGCUUUGGCAUCUUCGAGCAGCGGACUCUUCGUCAACACUUCACACGGUCAAUCCGAAUGGAGCCGGUACUGCUCCGGGUCAGCAUCAAGAUCAGCCGAUCUCCAGCCGCACGCUUGCUUCACGAUGCAUGACGACGUGACGUCUGCCGCUCAUUCUUCAUCAGAGGGCCAUCUUGGCUUUGCUUCUGCCUCCGGUCAAGACUUUGUCGUGAUACCUCCCCAUCAGGGUCAAGAUAGCAAGGUCGAGUUCUUCGCCAGCGGCUUCUGGUUCUCGAUUCACUUUUCUGACAGUCUCAAGUGUGCAAGAGUUGAGAUCAGAGCUCCUGUCAGAUCCCCCGCAAAGCCUGACAGACAGGAUAAAGAGCGAGCGCUAGAACCCUUCUUAGAAGGGACGAAUUGCGUUGGAACUAAGCCUAACAUUUUCGCCCUGUGA